AUGGUUGAGGGUUUUCUGGAGCAACAGCCAGCAGUCACAGCUGCACUGCUUUCCCCCGAUGUGAGAAAAAGAGAGAAAGAUAUCAGCACAUUCACUGAGUCGGACAUAUCUAAUGCGGAGGAGUUCAUCCAGGCCCUGAAGCCCAUGAAGGUGGCUACAUGUGUUAUGUCAGAUGAGAAAAACCCGACAGUGUCUGUCAUAGCCCCACUCCAUGCGCAGCUCCUGCAAGCCACCCAAGAAACCCUCGGAGAUCCUCCGUUUGUCAGAGACCUGAAAGAAGCUGUUCACCAAGACCUUAGUAAGAGGUACACGUCCGAGGUGGAGAAGGCCACACUUAAUCUAGCUUCAGUGCUAGAUCCAAGGUUUAAAGUGCUGCCGUUCCUGCCAGAGGAGGAGAAACAGGAAACAUUUGCAAGACUGGUCGCUGAAGCUGCAGCCACUGUGGAGCAUUGUCAGGAAGUGGUGACGCAGGACCAGGAGGAACUUGGUGAUUGUGCAGCUGCUGCAGAAGAGGGCCAGAAUAAAGGAGGAGACAGAGAUUCCCAGGGCCCCCCAUCUGCAAAAAGAAGAGUGUCCAGUGCUCUGGAUGAAUUACUACAAAUAUUACAUAUUUGUGUUAUAUGCAGAUAA